AUGGAGAAGAAGGUUUCUGCCAUUCUGAUGGGGUGGUACGCAGGUGUCGAAGGUGGUCAUGGGUUGGCCGAUGUACUUUGCGGACGCGUGGACGCCAGCGGCAGGCUAUCGUACAGCACUCCAACUAGUGAGGGCCACCUGCAACCUUACGAUACUGGUGCAACAACAUUCGACUUGAAUGCAGGAGAUACUAAGAAAGCUUCAAUCAGUGCUUCGCAGCGGCCAUUGCAGAGGUGGAAACAUGGUCAAUACGUCCUUCCUAGCAAAGACGUAGUAAUCGAAGUGGGAUCCUUCUCAGAUGACCCUGGGAACUUGGCAACGCAGUACUACCUGACAGGAAGCAAGCUAUGA